AUGCCUUGGCCCUGGAACUUGGCCAAAGGCGCCGUGGGCCGCCGGUCCUGGGCCGCCGACUUCGCCCUGGCGCUGCGCUGCCGGGACCCUUCCUGCGCCUUGGCGAACCCCCACACCUGGCAGCGCGUGGCACUGCCCACGGAUGCCGACGUGCCGGAGCUGGAUGCCCUGCCCAGCCCCCCGCGGGUGCUGACAGGCGCCUGUCCCCGUGCGGAGUACCGGCAACGGAAGGAGGAGGCCAAGAGCACGGUGCACUGGGGCCAGCGGAAGCUGUUCAUGGCGGAGCUGGAGUUUCUGCUAGACUUUGCAGCAGAAGCGCAGCUUUUGGUCUACGCAGGCGCUGCUGAGGGGCACCACCUGGCCUUCCUCUGCGAACUCUUCCCCGAGAUCCAGGUCGAAGCCUGGGACCCCCGGCCCUUUGCGCGCUCCGCGGUGCCGCCGCAGGCUCCGCGGAACCUUCGCGUGCACCAGGAGUACUUCACAGAGGAGGUAGCCAAAGCGCUGGCCGAGCGACAGGUGCCGCUGCUCUUUGUGAGCGACAUCCGCACCGCGGAUUGGCAGCGUGACUCCGCAGAGGAACACGACGCGCGAUUGCUCGCCGACCUUCGAGCCCAAGAGACGUGGGUUGACAUCUUGCGCCCAAAGCGAGCGCUCUUGAAGUUUCGGUUCCCGUACAGUCCGGGCUGCACUGAGACGCUGGACGGGGAGCUGCGGCUCCCGGUCUGGGGCCCGCAGAGCACCACGGAGUGCCGCCUGCUGGUCACCCCGCAGGACGGCGCCGCGCUGGCCACCAAGCGCUGGGACCACCAGUGCCUAUGGGAGCAGCUCUUCUACUUCAACACAGUCACGCGGAUCUCCAUCUACCCGCGCCCGGCCUUUGCGCAGGACGCGGAGUCCGAGGCCACGCUGAGGACGGCGGGGCUCUGCAGAUGCUACGACUGCACCAGGGAGGUAGAGCUGCUGGCCGAGUACUUACAGCGCCGGCGCAAGGCGCCCGACGCGGCGCUGGUGGCCGCCCUGGCGCGGGACGCGUCCUCGGGCUGCGGGCGCGGGCCCAAUGGCCUGCUGGACGCCCCAACGGCGCCCUGGCAGGCCCAGGCGGAAGCCGCGGAAGCCACGGAGCGGGUGAAUGUCCAAGACCGCUGGGAUGUGUCCCAUGCAGCUUCGAUGUUAAUCGGGUGUGCUGGUCGCGUCUUCUUUGAACGCUGA